UGAAUUUCGGAGGCUUAUAAAUUAAAGUUGGGGAAUGUAUAUUCAUUAUACAUGUCAUAAUGAGUAAGAGCACAUAAUAUAUUUUAUUUGACCCGAUAAAAUAAAAUAUAUUUAAAACAGUCCGAAAAAUACAACUUUCGGGAUCGAUUGUACACAUCGGGACUUAAUGGGAUGACCUCCCACAAGGGUGGGGGCCACCCCACGUUUUUGUGUGCUCAAAAUAAACAAGGAGGUGGCUGAGUUGACAAAGGAAGGAGUGGAGGAGGUGCUUUUGGCAUCUAAGGUACAUGGAGGACCCCCCUCCCUCACUCAUUUGUCAAUUAAGACAAAAGUGAGACAUCCCCUCUCCCUCCAACCAUUGAGCUCGACCAAACCAUCCAAGGGAGAGAGAAGGAGCUUCAAAAUCACCUCCAUUGCUGCAAAUUUGAGCUCAAGCUUUAGUGCUCAAAGGAAGAAGAUUAAAGAGGGAAAAAGUUGGGAAAAGUGUGAACAAUUAAGGCACUUGUAAAGGGUAUUUCAAGUGAUUUCACAAAGUUGGAAAAAGUCGCCGGAGUUGUCGCCGGAGUUGACCAAGUCGCCGGAGUUUCACCGGAGUUCAACCAAGAAGGGUAGAACUUCUUAACGCUAGUUCAAGGUUGAAGCUAGGGCUUGCUACUUGCACCUUCUCACGGGUGAUAUCAAAUCAGGAAGACGUGAAAUGGAGGGCAGGCGAAUGGCAACCAGGAACAAUCCGAGAGGGCGGGCGCCGGUAGCGUCCCAAAGGGGAAGCCGGGCUGCAUCUCGGGGUUCAAGAGGAGGCCGUGGAGGCCGUGGAAGCCGUGGAGGUCAUCAAGCUCAAACUGUGAGUGAUGGCCAUGUAAGCUCGGUGUAUGAAACCAACACCGAAGACUACGACUCUACAUAUGUUCCGGAAACGGAGCACGAGGAGACCCCAUAUGAUGGGGGUGACACGUACACGGACGAUGAUGAUGAAGAGAGUGAUGCCAAGUUCGCUCAAAUGGGCGAAUUGCUUGAGUGGUAUCAAAAAGAGAAACUGAGGAGAGACCUUAGGCGCCAAGCAAGGUGUGGCUCGCGUGGUGGUUCGGGUCAAGGGAGCCGGGGAGCUUCAAGGGCCACUCCAGCAGCGUCACAUGGUGGGCGUGAAGGAGGUUUGGUUGUGAGGAUCUCGAAAUACCUCAAGGAGGCUAGAGCCUUGGGGUGUAAGUCCUUCGACGGCACCGGUGACAUUACCGUUGCCGCCGAUUGGAUAAAGAAGGUGAAGGAUGCGGCAAAAGACAUGCAAAUUUCACCGGACGUAAAGUUGACUGUCGCUUCACGUCUGCUUGAGGGGAUAGCUUCCACGUGGUGGGAGAGUGUUGAAGGAAAAUACCAUGGGGAGGUUUCAUGGGUAAAUUUUGAGCAAGAAUUCUAUGCUCAAUACUACUCCGAGUAUGAGGUGAAUGUGAAACGGAGGGAGUAUACUAACCUGAAACAGAAAGAUGGUGGCACGGUUAAACAGUUGGAACAAGACUUUAGAACCUUGGCUAGGUUCUUGCCAGAGUACGCGGUUGAUGAGAACCGCAUGACGGAGCACUUUUGGGAUGCCUUACUCUUGGACAUCCGUGAUCGGGCUACGUACUCGCGCCACAUGACCUUUAGCGAGGUGGUGGAGCAGGGCCUUCUCGGGGAGGCUCAAUGGAAUGAAAGAAAGGAAAGAGACGCCGAAGAGGCGAAAAAGAGGAAAUGGCAUGGUUCGGGGCUGCCCGAGCAAGCACGGAAAGAUAAACACGGUGGGAGUGGUGGUUCGUUCAAGACACCGGCACCACCGGCAAAGAAGAACAGGGAUGCUCGGUGGCAUGCAUCCUCCUCCCAAAAGAAGGGGCCUCCAAAGUGUGCCAAUUGUUCGAAAAAUCAUUUUGGGAAGUGCAAUGCACCCCCGAGGUGUUAUCAAUGUGGGAACACGGGCCACAUGAAGGCCAAUUGCCCACAACUAGAGGGAGGAGGAGCUCCGGGAUCCGGAGGAGGAACCACGACGGGAAGAAACCGUGCGGGCCAGUCACACGGCGGUACGGGAAGAGGCGGCGCGUCCACAAGUCAUGCCGCGUCCGUAAAUCAAGGCGGGACCCAAGCACGAGUGUACGCAAUGACCGAGGCAGAUGCGCGAGCAAACCCGGACUCCGUUGCAGGUUGAAGCUAGGGCUUGCUACUUGCACCUUCUCACGGGUGAUAUCAAAUCAGGAAGACGUGGUUCGUGCUUCCUUAUUUUCUUUCAAACUACCGAACACUUGCUCAUGGAUAUUUGUUCUACUAUAAACUAUUUUUGGGGCUUGCAUGCCCAUGUUGUUGGCCGGUUGUGGCUUAUGACUUACCGUUGAAUAUUUCCG